ACCAAACUGCUUGCUUCAUCUUGUGAUUUCAUUGUAAGAAAACUUCGUGUUAAAAAACUUAUUUCUAAAAGACUUAUGAUAUCGCAACUCAGGACCCCGCCGUAUCACUCUUCCACCGUCUCAAGGACCAGGAAGUGGGCCACCCCGCAAGGGUUGGUCCAGAGGCUGGCAGUUGUUAAAUUUGUCGAUUCCGGCUCUAAUAAGCAUAAUGUCCUGAGCAGUGACGCCGGGAUGCACCGCUCCAUGACCCAAAAAACGGGUUCUGAGUGGUCCAUAGGGUUCCUGUGGUUGAAGUGGUUUGGAGGCCCUUGGUCGCUGGAGUCCAGCGAGUGGUCCCGGAGCGUAGACCCAUCCUCCGUGGGGACCCCUGGAGUUUUUCGGGCUUCUCGGUGAUGGUAUACGACCAGGUCUAUUUUUGUUGGAAGAGAGAAAGUAUCUACAUAUGAGCCAUUCAAUACACAUGAGGAGAUUUUCAAAGAAGAUAAGAGAAUGCCCUUGAUCCUUUUCCUUUAUUGGAAGAGUGAAAACUUUCAAAUCAGAUAAAUUCUUAUUAAUAAAAUAUAAUAAACCUGCAGUUACAAAUAUUGUGAAUAUUCCCAAACACUCAUUCUAGUUGUUUUGGUAAUUUAUGUAAUAUUUCAGA